AUGGCGAAGGUGGUAUUUGUCGGCUCCAUGGACAGUCACGGUCUCGACAGCACCCUAGCGUUUGUAAAUCCCUCGAAGAAAAAGAUGAUGACUACCAACUGGGACCCGAUGAAUUUCGUUCACGACGAGCCGACCUCGCAGUGCCUACUCAGGGUCAAGAAGGACAUCGCGGAAUUCAACGCGGAGCCACCGGCGAGGCUCUUCAUCUCGCCCGUGGAAGCCGACGUCACCCAAGUGCACGUUCUCAUGCUCGGAGCGCCCGAUUCGCCGUACGAAGGUGGGUUCUUCCAGUUCUUCCUCAAGUUUCCGUCGAACUACCCGCUGAGCCCACCCCGCGCACGAUUCAUGAACACGGACGAAGGCAGGGUCCGGUUCCACAUACACCUCUACAACUGCGGCAAGGUGUGCGUGACCACCCUGGGCACGGCGGGAGCAGUGUGCGAUUGGAGUCCCGCCCAGUCGCUGUCGAGCACGCUCGUCUCCAUCCAGUCGCUGCUGAGCAACAAGCCGUUCUUCGACGCGUUCAGGAAGGAAACGAAAGAAGGCGACAGCGACCGGUACAACCUCUACCUCGUGCACGAGACGAUCCGGGUGGCCGUGUGCGACCAAGUGGACGCUGCCCUCAGGGAGGACGCCAAGUGCCCGCCGUCCUUCAGGAAGAUCAUACUCGAGUCGUUCCUCGAGUCUUACAGCAAGUACGAAGAACUCGUCAAGGCCCGGCUCCAUCAGACGGGCACGCAACUCUGGGAGGCGUUCUGCAACGUGUACAGAACUGCGGAGUACGAGACACUCCUGACACGACUGCAGAGUCUCAAGGACAAGGUGGAAAAGAAGAACGAGGCCGACGCUGCUGCUGCCGCUGCGUGGACAUGUGGCAGUUUCUGA